AAUCAGUAGGCGCUUCAGACCCGGGACGCCGGAACGCACAGGGGGGACGCAGGAAGUGACGCUGCGGCGUGCUGACGCGCGGGCUCGAUCCGAGGCCCGAAUCCGCGCCCGCCAUGGCCGACAAAAUGGACAUGUCUUUGGACGACAUCAUUAAGCUGAACCGGAGCCAGCGAGGAGGCCGCGGCGGGGGCCGGGGUCGGGGCAGGGCCGGCUCCCAGGGAGGCCGCGGCGGCGCAGUGCAGGCGGCCGCGCGGGUGAAUCGAGGCGGCGGGCCUAUGAGGAACCGGCCCGCCAUCGCCCGCGGCGCCGCAAGCGGCGGCGGCAGGAACCGGCCGGCACCGUACAGCAGACCGAAACAACUUCCCGACAAGUGGCAGCACGACCUAUUCGACAGCGGCUUCGGGGGUGGAGCCGGCGUGGAGACGGGUGGGAAGCUGCUGGUGUCAAACCUGGACUUCGGAGUGUCAGACGCAGAUAUUCAGGAACUCUUUGCCGAAUUUGGAACGUUGAAAAAAGCUGCCGUGCACUAUGAUCGCUCUGGACGAAGCUUAGGCACAGCAGAUGUGCACUUUGAACGGAAAGCAGACGCCCUGAAGGCUAUGAAACAGUACAAUGGUGUCCCUUUGGAUGGCCGUCCUAUGAACAUCCAGCUUGUCACAUCACAGAUUGAUACACAGCGAAGACCUGCACAAAGCAUAAACAGAGGUGGGAUGACAAGAAACCGUGGCUCUGGGGGUUUUGGCGGUGGUGGCACCAGGAGAGGAACGCGUGGAGGCAGCCGGGGAAGAGGUAGAGGCACCGGCAGGAACUCAAAGCAGCAGCUUUCUGCAGAGGAGUUGGACGCACAGCUGGAUGCUUAUAAUGCAAGGAUGGACACCAGCUAAACAUCCGAGCAAAUCCGCACAAGUAACAGGACCCAGAAGCCUCGUCAGUGAUGCCUAGAGGGAGGGUUGGCAACUGGACUGUGCAGACAAUGGUGGAUUUGGUUUUGGUUUCUUUUUAUUUUUUUUUUUUCUUCCUGUUUUAAAAUAGGAUCUAAAAACUCAUGUAAAGGUUUUUUUUCUUGUUUUUUUUUCCCCUUUUUUUUUUUUUUUUAAAUUCUGAAACAGACCUGUUUUGUACUGAGUUAUUUUUGGGAUAAAUUUUACUGGUUGCUGUUGUGGAGAAGGUGGCAUUUUCACCUUUGCCAUAAUAAAAUAGAAAUGUGUGUAGAACUGGA